UAGGGAAAUUAUACUGAAGAUUUGGAUAGAUAAUUUGGUCUCACUCCUUCCGUCAGACUUUCCAAGAUGGCUGCCAUGUUAAACCUUCCCUAUGCUGUUGCUAACAAAUGUGUAGGCUUUCCUGCCAGGAAGGGAGGUGAUGCCCACGGUAGAACCGCUACUGCACUGCAGUUGAGGAAACCGCGUCCUGGUAGUGAUGCCUCGGCGUGCUACAUGAAGAAGCACUUUAGCAGUUAUGGUGGGUCGUGGCCUUCCUAUGCUGUGGCAAUGGAUAGCAAGAACCCUAGAGCAGGUUCAGCGCCAUCAAAUGAACCAGAGGGUAUCGGGAUAACAGAGUUCCUUGGGGGCAAGAACUUUCUCAUCACAGGUGGGACUGGAUUUCUAGCAAAAGUUAUCAUUGAAAAAAUCUUGAGGACAACUCCUGAUGUCGGCAAGAUAUAUUUGUUGAUAAAGGCGAAGGACAGCGAGGCCGCAAUGAAAAGGUUGCAAAAUGAGAUAGUAAACACAGAACUUUUCAAAUACUUACAACAACUACGUGGGGUAGACUACAACCAUUUUUUAGCAAGAAAACUAGUUGCUGUUGUAGGCAACGUCGGAGAAGCCAACAUGGGCAUAGCGCCUAAGAUGGCGGAUGAGAUUGCAAAAGAAGUGGACAUCAUCAUCAACAGUGCAGGGAAUACGACAUUCGAUGAGAGGUACGAUAUUGCUAUGGACGUCAACGCCAUGGGACCAUUCCGGUUAAUGAGCUUUGCACGUAGAUUUCGAAAGCUGAAGCUAUUCUUGCAUGUAUCAACAGCAUAUGUGAACGGGAUGAGGCAAGGCGUGGUGCUAGAGAAACCAUUUAGCUUGGGAGACACCAUCAGGAAGGAGUUAGGUUACGCAUAUUCUUCAGAUCUUCACAACACCGUGCUUGAUAUGGAGACAGAGAUCAAGCUGGCUUUUUGCUCCAGACAUGACUCUAACGAGUCAGCAUCUUCUUGUCAAGAAAUGAAAGAUUUGGGCUUGGAGAGGGCAAGACUCCAUGGCUGGCAAGACACCUACGUGUUCACAAAGGCCAUGGGGGAGAUGGUCCUCCACAGCAUGCGAGGAGAGAUACCAGUGGUGACGAUAAGGCCAAGCAUCAUCGAAGGCACUUGCAGCGAGCCGAUCCCAGGUUGGAUAGAAGGAAUCAGGAUGAUUGAUCCGAUUAUAUUGUACUACGCCAAAGGCCAGAUGACUGGGUUCCCUGCCGACGGGGACGGUGUGGUUGACGUGGUUCCGGCGGACAUGGUGGUGAACGCGACGCUUGCGGCCAUGGCGAAGCACGCUCAGGCCCCAGCACGGGAGAUGCACAUCUACCAUGUGGGAUCAUCGACGGCGAACCCACUCACGAUUCGCGACAUGUUCAGCAUCUUUUUCCAGUACUUCACGAGGUACCCCUUGAGCCUCGCGGCAGGGCAGCCAAUCAAGGUGGCGCCGAUGAGGCUCGUCAGCAACCUGCAGCAGUUUAAGAGCAACUUGGAGAGGGACGUGACUCUCUGGGGCGCCAGUGAGACCCUCUCGCCUCGGGCGCGGAUGCUUUUCACCAUGUACGCCCAGAAGAUCAUGCACCUCGCUCGCAUAUACCAACCCUACGGCUUCUAUGGUUGCAGGUUUGACAACGCCAACACCGAGGCGCUCUUUGCAGAGAUGUCGGUGGAGGAGAAGGCGCAGUUCCACUUCGACGUGCGGAGCAUCACAUGGAAGGAAUACUUCACCAACGUGCACAUCCCGGGGUUUCUGAAGCACGUCAUGAAGGGGAGGGGGCGGUUCCUGCAUCCUUAAGAAAUAACUAACACAUAUAGUGAUCUAUGUUUUUUUGCCUUUGCCAACCGAUGCAACAAUUCCCUACAAUCGUGCCUCAUCAAACCAUCCCUUAAGGUGGUCUAUAUAUGCAAUCCUUAUCAUCAAUUACGAUACACAGUGUUCU